GCUAUAUAAAAGCAAGAAGGCAAGGGGCUCGGAUUCGCAACUCAUCCACCAUGGGCUUCGUCUCGGCAGCUGCUCUCGUUUUGGUCGUCGCGGUCGCGGCCAACGCGCAAUACGCGGUGCCUGACCCCUACACUGGCCUGGUGUUCGUCUACCCUGGCCUAGUGCCUGGCUACAAUGCCCCCCUGAUCCGACUUGAAAGGUCGCCUCAGAGAUACCAGGGUGGCAACAGGCCGAACAACAGACCAGGCGGUAACAGGCCCGGAAACUUCCAAGGGGGUGGUGCCAACGGAUUCAACCAGGGUGGUUUCAACCAGGGUGGAUUCCCUGGGGGCGCUAACGGCUUCAACCAGGGUGGCUUCAACCCCGGCGCUGGAUUCCCUGCUGCGGGUGGUGCCAGCGGCAGCUCCAGCUUCGCCUCCUCGUCUAGCCAGAGCUUCAACCAGGGUGGUCCGGGCGGCACCUCCGCCUCCGCCAGCAACUCAAACGCGGGCACCAGCUCGUUCGGCUCAGGUGCUGGUCUAAUCGCCGGUGCAGGCAACGCCGGAGCCUCUGGCAGCGCCGGGGGCCUCGGUGGCAUCGGGGGAUCCAACAGCGCCGCCAACGCCGGAACCCAGACUGUGGCUGUCGGAAAAUAAAUUGAGGUGUGCUUGCGCGAAACGAAAUGAGAAAUAAAUUAUAUUUUAUUACA